UCGUUCUUCAAGACAAAACACACUCACUACUCUCUACUCUUUCUCUCUCUCUUGAAUUCCGACGAAAUUAUGUUUCACUUUCCCUUUUAAUUCCUUCUCCUUUUUCUUUCCACAGUAACUCAUAAUCUUCGUUUACCUCAAAGUUUUCUUGGAAGCAGACACUCUAAUCCGAGUUCAAGUAAAGAGUGAAGCUAUGAUCUUUACAAGUCGACAAGUGUUCUUUGUUCUCUCUGUUUUGGCCUUGACAACAAUGCCCUUCUCCGCUGGAGUCACCAAUCUCCGAGAUGUUUCUGCGAUUAAUAACUUGUACAUUACUUUGGGAGCACCGUCUCUACAUCGGUGGCUUGCUUUUGGAGGAGACCCUUGUGGAGAAAAGUGGCAAGGUGUUGUCUGUGAUUCCUCAAACAUCACUGAAAUAAGUAUACGCGGCAUGAAGGUUGGUGGAAGCUUAAGUGACACCCUUGCUGAUUUUUCAUCUAUCCAAGUCAUGGACUUCAGUGACAAUCACAUCUCAGGGACAAUUCCACAGGCUUUGCCUUCUACCAUCCGAAACCUAUCUCUCUCUAGCAACCGCUUCACUGGGAAUAUACCCUUUACACUGUCCUUUUUAACCGAGUUGUCAGAACUGUCGUUAGGGAACAAUGUUUUAUCAGGAGAGAUUCCAGAUUACUUUCAGCAGCUAACAAAACUGACUAAACUGGACUUAUCGGCUAACAUACUGGAAGGCCGUUUACCUCCUUCCAUGGGAGACUUAGCUGCUCUCAAGAUACUAUAUCUGCAGGACAACAAGCUCAUUGGAACACUUGAUGUUAUAGAAGAUCUCUCCUUAACCGAUUUGAAUGUAGCAAACAACUUGUUCUCUGGACCUAUACCUCCAAAUCUAUUAAAAGUCCCAAACUUCAAAAAAGAUGGAACUCCAUUCAACACAUCCAUUAUAACACCCCCUCCACCUGCUGCUGAUCCUCCUCCCGCUACUCACCAUGCUCCUCCUCUUCCUCGUGUCCCUCCUGUCUCCAAUGUUCCUCCUGCUCCUUUUGCUCCACUGCUACCACCACCACCACCUUUGGUUUGGUCACCACCUUCUGAUAACGUAGGAGGUGAUCCCUGGAACUCUGGGUCAGGACAACCAACUUUACAAAUAUCACCUCCUUCAGGUUCAGGCUCAGGAAAGUUUUGGUCCACUCAGAGAAUCAUUCUAGUCGUUUCCUCAGUGGCUAUAAUUGUUCUCGUAUCCGGCUUGUGUGUUACACUUUGGAGAUGUUGCAGAGGGAAGAAGUAUAACCGUUAUGGAGCUGAUGCUCGUAAAGAUUUACAACGACCGUACUUCAAUAAACCUCCAUCUCAACCAACCCCCACUUUGGGAAAAGUUUCUAGGGAGCCUAUGGUUAAGCCUUACGAUGGAUAUGGAGGUGGAGACAGGAAGUAUGGUUAUCCUAUGCCGCCACCACGGCCUGAAGAGAGCAGGAGAGCGAUUCCUCCUGCUUCGUAUUAUAACAAGGAUGUGCAAAAGCCGCUACAACAACCACCGAGGCGUUUCCAGUCUAAUGACGAUUCUGCUGCUUCAAAGAGAGCAGCUCAUUUUCCUCCAGGGUUGAAUUCUUCAUCUUCGGCUACUGUUUUCACCGUUGCUUCACUUCAGCAGUACACAAAUGGUUUCUCUGAAGAGCUUAUCAUCGGUGAAGGGUCGCUUGGUAAUGUUUACCGAGCCGUGUUUCCUCAUGGCAAGUAUCUUGCGGUGAAGAAGCUGAGCAAUACAAUCAACAAAACGCAGAGUGAUGGGGAGUUCCUCAACCUAGUCUCCAAUGUUUUGAAGCUUAAACGAGGGAAUAUAUUGGAGUUUCUUGGUUACUGUAAUGAGUAUGGUCAACGGCUGCUUGUGUAUGAGUACUGUCCUAAUGGAUCAUUACAAGAUGCGUUGCAUUUGGAUCGCAAGUUGCACAAGAAGCUCACUUGGAAUGUGCGUAUUAAUAUUGCUUUAGGAGCUUCCAAGGCAUUACAGUUCCUUCACGAGGUAUGCCAACCGCCGGUUGUACACCAGAACUUCAAGUCUUCCAAGGUUCUCCUUGAUGAAAAGCUCUCUGUGCGUGUUGCAGACAGCGGUUUGGCUUAUAUGUUACCACCACGUCCAACGAGUCAGAUGGCGGGUUAUGCGGCUCCUGAGGUGGAGUAUGGAAGCUACACUUGUCAGAGCGAUGUAUAUAGCCUUGGGGUUGUUAUGUUAGAAUUGCUCACUGGACGCAGACCAUUUGACAGGACGAGGCCGAGGGGACAUCAGACACUAGCGCAGUGGGCUAUACCUAGGCUUCAUGACAUAGAUGCGUUGACAAGAAUGGUUGAUCCGUCGUUACAUGGAGCUUAUCCAAAGAAAUCGUUGUCACGUUUUGCAGAUAUCAUAUCACGUUCUCUCCAGAUGGAGCCAGGAUUCAGACCGCCCGUAUCAGAAAUUGUCCAAGAUCUUCAACAUAUGAUCUAAGAAGAUAUACAAGCCUUGGACUACAACGCAGAAGGAUAUUUUAUUUGUCAGAUUCUUGUUUAUUCCUUUGAUGAAUGUAACGUAUGAACAAUCCGGUUGCAGCUUUUAAUUACUUGUUUGGUAGGUUAACUAGAGUCGUAUGUAUUUGAAACCGUGGUUGAGUUUGGAAAUGUCUUGGGACGUGAAAAUAUCAUAUGAUCAGAAACACAAUCAUCGUGAACAUCUCCAA